ACAGCCAAUGGGCGGGCGCGGGGGCGGGAGUCUCAGGCAGUCGACAGGAGAGCAAGAUGGCGCCAGACGAGUAGUCGACACAUCUGCCUCUGAUGUGGUUGUCCUGAACACGUCAAAAUGCCCAGGUUUCUGGAGUCAACAAUUAUAAGCCUCUGAGCAGGUGCCUCUCGGGUGAGCGGACCGUCUACACCGCCCCGGGAUGAAGCGGGUCUCGGCCUCCUCGCCCUCACUCAGCAAUGGCUUUGGCCUGACACCGGGGGGCGGGCCCAGCCCUGGGGCCGAGCAGACCCACGACCACUGCCAUCAGGGCUCCCCGCGCGAGAUGCACAGGGCCUCUGCCACCGUCCGCGUCUACCUGCCCAACAAGCAGCGCACUGUGGUAAACGUGCGUGCGGGGAUGACGGUGUACGACAGCCUGGACAAGGCACUCAAAGUGCGCGGACUGUCACAGAAGUGUUGCGCAGUCUACAGAUUUAUUGAUGGCCACAAGAAGCUGACGGACUGGGCAACGGACAUCACGCCCCUGGUGGGUGAAGAGCUGAUGGUAGAGGUGCUGGACGAGGUGCCACUGUCGAUGCACAACUUCGUUCGGAAGACCUUCUUUAACCUGGCCUUCUGUGACUUCUGCCUGAAGUUCCUGUUCCAGGGUUUCCGGUGCCAGACGUGUGGGCACAAGUUCCACGAGCACUGCAGCAGCAAGGUGCCCACCGUCUGCCUCGACCUCGGCAAAUACCCUGCCUCGCCGGAACUGUGUGAUGAGCCGCCUCUAUCUCCGCUGCCCGCUGAUGCGAUCCACGGAGCCCUCACCCCUCAGCCCAGCAGGCUGGUCGCGCCCACCUUCACCUUCCCGCCGCCCUGCCAGCCCGCGGACGGACAGCUGCAGCGACAGCGCUCCACCUCCACGCCCAACGUCCACAUGUCGAGCACAGUCGCACCGGUCAACGCAGCACUCAUCGAGGAUGCAUUGAAAUCCCAGGCCAGUCCGGGUCACUCGCCCAGCCCUCCGCACUCAGCCUGCCCCCAGGGGAUGUCAACAACGACAGGACGAGAGAGGAAGUCCUCUGCCCCGGAGGAAAGGAGGAGAGUGGUCAGCGGCCUGGGCGCAGCCACGGUUCCUCGGAUAACCGGACCCCGAGAGUACCAACCUCUACAGAGGGUCCGGGCCCACCGCGAUUCCAGCUUUUACUGGGAGAUUCCCAACAGUGAAAUUAACAUUCAGAAACGAAUUGGCUCCGGCUCUUUCGGGACAGUCUUCAAGGCCAAAUGGCAUGGUGACGUGGCCAUCAAGAUCCUGAAAGUGACGUGUGCCACCCCCGAGCAGUUUCACGCCUUUAAGAAUGAGGUACAGGUGUUGAGGAAGACGAGGCACGUGAACAUCCUUCUCUUCAUGGGGUUCAUGUCUAAGCCGCGGAUGGCGAUCGUCACGCAGUGGUGCGAGGGCAGCAGCCUGUAUCGACACAUCCACGUCCUGGAGACCCGUUUCGACACGCUACAGCUGAUCGACGUCGCCCGGCAGACCGCACAGGGCAUGGAUUAUCUCCACGCGAAGAAUAUCAUCCACCGUGACCUGAAGACCAACAACAUCUUCCUGCACGAGGGUCUGACGGUGAAGAUCGGCGAUUUCGGCCUGGCGACGGUGAAGUCGCGGUGGAGCGGUUCCCAGCAGGUGGAGCAGCCCAGUGGCUCGAUCCUCUGGAUGGCUCCAGAGGUGAUCCGGAUGCAGGACAACAAUCCCUACAGCUUCCAGUCGGAUGUCUAUGCCUACGGGAUUGUGCUGUACGAGAUCAUGAGCGGGACCCUCCCCUACUCCCACAUCAGCAACCGUGACCAGAUUAUCUUCAUGGUGGGCCGUGGGUACCUGAGUCCCGACCUCAGCAAGGUUCACAGCAACUGCCCCAAGGCCAUGAGGAGGCUUAUUGUUGACUGCACCAAGUUCAAACGUGAGGAGCGGCCCCUCUUCAUACAGAUCCUGGCCUCCAUCGAGAUGUUGCAGCGUUCUCUGCCCAAGAUCGAGCGCAGUGCCUCUGAGCCGUCCCUUCACCGCGUGGUCCAGGCCGAGGACUUCAACCCCUUCCUGCUCACCACCUCCCGCCUGGUGCCGGCUUAGAACCCUUCCCUGGCUUCCUGGUCAUUUCUGCCAGAGGGAGACCCUGCCCUCCUCGAGGGAGACUUCCCCCCCUCCCCCAAUAUGUGUCCAGAGCGGCAGUGAUUGCCAGGGUCUUCACAGUGAUUCACGUAACUUCCCCAAGACCUUCGUCUCUGGCCUCUCACAUCCUGGAACCUUUUGUCCAUGGCUCCUUAUCUUCUGGACUCUCAAACCCCUGGUUUUCCAAAGAUUCAAAUCUCUGCCCCAUUUGCCCUCCUCUCAGAUCCUUCCGCUCUGAGCCCUCAUCCUCAGGUGCUUUGUCCCCUAAUAAGGGGCUCCAACAGUGGCCUUACAUACUAGUUUCAAGCUGCCUGGUGGGGUGCUAUCCCAUCCCCCCCCUCCUGUCGGGAUGGUCCCACUGUACCGAUUGCUGGGGACCACCCCUGGACCAGUGUCCCGGUCCCCCUCUGUCCAAGGUCAGCAGAGCAGCCCUGCUGUGGCUCACGGUGAUCACUGGCACGGCCCACCCAGGCAGUCUUCUCGUGCCUCAAUAUCGGAUGCAAUGUUUCACAUUCCUGAUCUUCUGGGAUUAAAAUCGAUUUUACACUGAA